AACAACCAGAAACGUGCUUCGACACAAACGCAAACUCAGAAGGGUAGUUGUUAUUUUCAUCAUAAUGAAGAUACAACUCCACUUGUUUUCUUUCUUUUAGUUUUGUUCACGUUACCCAAAGCUCCUUAAUUUUGUACUACCAAAUUGAAAGGUGAGGCAAUUUAUUAAAUUCAAACAAGAAUGAUACUGCGAAUCUGAAUGAUCAUCAUUCAGUCUUGUUAUAUAGUGGGGUUUGAGUAUUAGAGGCUUUGCUACGAUGGAAGAGAGGUUCAGAUUGGUCUCUAUGUUUCUUUUGGUGUUUUUGUGUUUAGUUAGUUGUAAUAUAAGCUUCAGCUGGGCUCAUGUUGAUGGAUUUGGAGAGCAGCCCCUCUCCAAGAUUGCUAUUCAUAAAGCUGUUCUUGCGCUCCAUGACUCUGCUAUUGUUAAGGCAUACCCGAGUGUUCUUGGUCUAAAGGGGGAGGAUACUCAAUGGGUAACUGUGAAACUUGUGUCCCCAAAUCCAUCAGCAGAUGAUUGGGUUGGAGUCUUUUCUCCUGCAAAAUUCAACUCAUCAACAUGCCCACCAGUAAAUGACCCAAAAGAACAGACACCGUAUAUAUGCGCAGCUCCAAUAAAGUACAAGUAUGCAAAUGAUUCAAAUGCAAGCUAUUCGAAAACAGGCAAAGCUUCUUUGCAGUUUCUGCUUAUAAAUCAGCGGGCUGAUUUUUCCUUUGCAUUAUUUUCAGGCGGGUUGUCCAAUCCUAAAUUAGUGGCAGUUUCAAAUUUCAUAUCAUUUGCCAACCCUAAAGCACCCCUUUAUCCACGCCUUGCUAAUGGGAAGUUGUGGGAUGCAAUGACUGUAACCUGGACAAGUGGCUAUGGCAUCAAUGAAGCUGUUCCAUUGGUUGAAUGGGGUUUGAAGAAUGAUGUACAAACUCAGUCACCAGCUGGGACAUUGACAUAUUUUCAGAAUGACAUGUGUGGUUCACCUGCACGAACGGUUGGCUGGCGUGAUCCUGGUUUCAUACACACAAGUUUCUUGAAAAAAUUGUGGCCUAAUUCUGUGUAUACAUACAGGAUGGGUCAUCGCUUACUAAAUGGUUCUUAUAUCUGGAGCAAGUACUAUUCAUUCACAUCUAACCCAUAUCCUGGACAAGACUCUUUACAGUGUGUCAUAAUGUUUGGUGACAUGGGGAAGGCUGAGCGUGAUGGUUCAAAUGAGUAUAGUAAUUAUCAGCCAGGUUCACUAAACACUACAGACCAACUCAUCAGGGACUUGAACAACAUCAACAUAGUUUUCCAUAUUGGAGAUAUUACAUAUUCAAACGGCUAUGUUUCUCAGUGGGAUCAGUUCACAGCCCAGGUAGAACCUAUUGCAUCAACAGUGCCAUACAUGGUUGGAAGUGGUAAUCAUGAACGUGAUUGGCCAAAUUCAGGAUCUUUCUAUGACACUUCAGAUUCAGGUGGUGAAUGUGGUGUGCCAGCAGAGACCACGUUUUAUGUUCCUGCUGAGAACAGAGCGAAGUUUUGGUAUUCAACUGAUUAUGGCAUGUUUCACUUCUGUAUAGCUGAUACUGAGCAUGACUGGAGGGAGGGAUCUGAACAAUAUAGAUUCAUCGAGAAUUGCCUUGCAUCAGCAGACAGACGGAAUCAGCCUUGGCUAAUCUUUGCUGCUCAUCGUGUACUUGGGUAUUCCUCUAAUGAGUGGUAUGGUCAGGAAGGUUCAUUUGAAGAGCCCAUGGGAAGGGAAAGUUUGCAGAAGCUCUGGCAGAAGUACAAGGUGGACAUUGCAUUUUAUGGCCAUGUCCAUAAUUAUGAAAGGUCGUGCCCUAUCUAUCAGAAUCAAUGUGUGAAUUCAGAAAAAUCUCAUUAUUCGGGCACAGUUAACGGGACAAUCCAUGUCGUCGUUGGUGGGGGAGGGAGUCACCUAUCAAAGUUCAGCAGCUUGAUCCCCAAUUGGAGUCUUUACCGGGAUUAUGAUUUUGGAUUUGUCAAAAUGACGGCAUUUAACCAUUCUUCUUUGCUAUUUGAGUAUAAAAAGAGCAGUGACGGCAAGGUUUAUGAUUCCUUCACCAUUUCCAGGGACUACAGAGAUGUCUUAGCUUGUGUGCACGAUAGCUGUGAAUCAACCACUUUGGCAUCUUAAAUCAUCCAAAUUUAAUUGCAGAAAUCUGCUUCCUUUGAUGCUUCUAUUUAUGUCAAUUUGUAGCAAGUUGUAAAAUUUUCUUAACACAAUAAACGAAUAAAAUAUUUUCUCUAUCAUUCUUGAAAAGUCUAGUCAAAGAGGAUUCAAUGCUGACAGAGCUCUUGCAAGAAGUAUAAAGCAAAGACUUCACUGACUUCAGUACUCAGUUUCUCUUCAAAGGAAACUGGAAGUAGCCGUCACCCCUGCCAAAACUAAAUGGAGAAUAUGCAAGAAACUCUUACAGCUUAUUUUAAGUAUCAACAAAUUUUUCAAGACUCCUCAUUUA